CAAUUAAAACAGUAUAUGAAAAUAGCUAGAGGACCAUUUUUAUUUAUUUAUUGACAUGUUACCAUUUGAAUAACACGUUUUGAUUUCUUAUUUGUACAUAUAUAUAAAUGUAUCCUUGUUACUACCACCACCAUUACGAUACCAAUCAGAGCUCUGACGCUUCUUCUCAACAAUGGCGACCAUUCCUUCCCACUACCACCUUCUUACCACUACCACCGGUCACCACUCUUCUUCUUCUCCGGUCAACACCAAUAACUUCUCAAAAAUCGAUUUUCCCGCCAAAUCCCGAGUAUCAUUAGCUACGAGAGCUUUGUCCCGAACCGACGAGUCUUCUUUAUCCGCCGUGAUCUCUCGCCUCGAGAGAGAUAGAAGGGAACAACAAGGCUUAACCGAAGAAGCGGAGGGACUCGGAGAACGGUGGAUGACGGCUGAGGAUAUCCGCCGGCGAGACAAAAAAUCCGAAGAGAAAAGAAGACUAAUCGACACGUGGCGUAAGAUCCAAGGCGAAGACGAUUGGGCCGGGUUAAUGGAUCCGAUGGAUCCUGUCCUCAGAUCGGAGCUGAUCCGUUACGGCGAAAUGGCUCAAGCUUGUUACGACGCUUUCGAUUUCGACCCCGCUUCCAAAUACUGCGGCAGCUCGAGGUUCUCCCGUCUCGACUUCUUCGACUCUCUCGGGAUGAGCGGUUCCGGUUACGAGGUGGCGCGUUACCUCUACGCGACGUCCAACAUCAAUCUCCCUAACUUUUUCUCUAAAUCGCGGUGGUCUAAGGUCUGGAGCAAAAACGCUAACUGGAUGGGAUACGUCGCCGUUUCCGACGACGAAACCUCUCGUAACCGUCUCGGCCGCCGAGAUAUCGCGAUCGCGUGGAGAGGCACCGUUACGAAACUCGAGUGGAUCGCUGAUCUCAAAGACUAUUUAAAACCUGUAUCCGAAAACAAGAUCCGAUGCCCCGACCCGGCCGUUAAAGUCGAAUCCGGUUUCUUAGAUCUGUACACCGACAAAGACACAUCCUGCAAAUUCGCAAAAUUCUCGGCGAGGGAACAGAUCUUAGCCGAGGUGAAGCGUCUGGUUGAUAAACACGGCGACGACUCCUCCUCCGAUCUAAGCAUCACCGUGACGGGGCACAGUCUCGGCGGCGCGUUAGCUAUACUAAGUGCGUACGACAUAGCGGAGAUGGGAUUGAACCGGAGCAAAACCGGGAAAGUGAUUCCGGUUACGGUGUUGACUUACGGAGGACCGCGAGUUGGGAACGUGAGGUUUAAAGAGAGGAUGGAGGAGCUUGGAGUGAAGGUGAUGAGAGUGGUGAACGUGCACGACGUCGUUUCGAAGUCUCCGGGGCUGUUUUUGAACGAGAGUGCGCCACACGCCCUGAUGAAGAUCGCGGAGGGGUUGCCGUGGUGUUACUGCCACGUGGGGGAGGAGCUGGCGUUGGAUCAUCAGAACUCGCCGUUUCUUAAACCUUCUGUUGAUCUUUCUAAUGCUCAUAACCUUGAAGCUAUGCUUCAUCUCCUUGACGGGUAUCAUGGGAAAGGGGAGAGAUUUGUGCUGUCGAGUGGGAGAGACCACGCACUAGUGAACAAAGCGUCGGAUUUUUUGAAAGAGCAUUUACAGAUACCACCGUUUUGGCGUCAAGACGCGAAUAAAGGAAUGAUUAGGAACAGUGAAGGUCGUUGGAUUCAAGCUGAGCGUCUACGUUCUGAGGAUCAUCAUUCUCCUGAUAUCCAUCAUCAUCUCUCUCAGCUUCGUCUUGACCAUCCUUCUUGAAAUCAUACACAACACAACACCCACAUAUGUAUUAUAUUUUCCUAACUUGUAAAUUUUGUCUCGUCCGUCUUGAACAAUAAAGAACAUAUAUAUAGAAUCACAUCACUCAUCACUUGCAUGGUUUUGAUCCAUGUCUCCUGUUUCUUUUGUAUGUGUCAUUGCAUAUUUGAAUACAUGUGAACGUCCAAUUGUACACAAACACACAAGAUGAGUAAUAUUCAUGCAUUUUUCAUCAUGACU